CGCAAUUCACCAAUCAAUCAAUCAAUCCACACACAAUCAGAAGUACCAAAAAUGGAGGCAUCGAUUAAGUACCUGCUCGUCCUCGGAUUCCUCGCCAUCCUCGGCAUCAAUAGCGCUUACGGAGCCGGCGAGUGCCCUAGAUCGACGCCCGACGCGGAGGCGAUGAAGCUGUACCCCUGCGCCUCGGCCGCGCAGGACGCGAACGCGGCUGUUCCCUCCGACUGCUGCGCUCAGGUGAAGCGGCUGGGGAAGAAUCCUAAAUGCCUAUGCGCCGUCAUGCUAUCGGGCACCGCCAAGAGCUCCGGCGUCGACCCGAAGAUCGCCCUCACCAUUCCUAAGCGCUGCAACUUCGCCGAUAGGCCCGUCGGCUACAAGUGUGGACCUUACACUUUGCCGUGAAGGGAUUGGAGACACGUGGAAGAAUGGACGGUGAUGAUCAAAUGCUCGUUUGCUGAUGCUAUGUAUGUUCAGUUUUUAUCAAAAGCUAGUUCAUCUAGCUGAUAAUAAUAAUGUAAUUAUAUAAUUCAAUAAAUAAUAACUUUCGUUGUUCUACUUA